GUCUCCGAAGUUUCCCGGCCUCUCGUUCUUCUCCCCGCUGCCCGUUCAGGAGCUCAGCAAACUAUUCACCUCCCCCCGGACUGAGCUGCGGACCACAGGGACGCACGGAGAGCAGUGAGGGCUGCAGGAGGAAACUUUCUCCCGGACCUGGUGCUGGAGGAGGAGUAACCCCUGAAACAAAGAGGGGAUCUACUGUAGCUGCUCUGACUGACGGCGCACGGGGCUCCAUCCUGCAGCAGGAACACCAUGGACUGAAACCCUCGGAUCUGUCCCUUUUUUCCGGAGUUUGGACUCUCUCACUAACAACACAUGAGUGGGAUUGACUGCACGCGGGGUUUCCAUACAGUAAAUCCUCAGGGAUUACAAUAACGAGGCAAUGGAUAAUUUCUUCACGGAGGGAGACCGGGUGUGGUUACGGGAGGAUGAGCAGUACCUCCCCAGCACCGUGUCCUCGUGCUCUGGAGGUGUUGUUGCCUUUGCCACAGACUAUGGCCAGGUGUACACCUACAAGCAGAAUGCUCUCAGCAGACAGAAGGUGCAGCCCAUGCACCACAGCAGCAUCGGGGGGGUGGAGGACAUGUCCACGCUGGAGGACCUUCAUGACGGAGCCAUCAUGCACAACCUGUUCCUGCGCUACCAGCAGAGACACAUCUACACGUACAUCGGCUCCAUCCUGGCGGCGGUGAACCCGUACCAGUCUCUCUCUGGCCUGUACGACCGGACCGCCAUGGAGCUGUACAGCCGGAACCACCUGGGGCAAAUCUCCCCGCACAUCUUCGCCGUCGCCAACGAGUGCUACCGCUCGCUGUGGAAGAGGCUGCAGAACCAGUGUGUCCUCAUCAGUGGAGAGAGCGGCGCUGGGAAAACCGAGAGCACCAAACUGAUCCUGAAGUUCCUGUCGGCCAUGAGCCAGCACUCCCUGGAGGUCUCGUCCAAAGACCGGACGUCCCGAGUGGAGGAGGCGCUGCUGGAGAGCAGUCCCAUCAUGGAGGCGUUUGGGAACGCUAAGACCGUCUACAACAACAACUCCAGCCGCUUCGGGAAGUUCGUCCAGCUGCAUUUCAGCCAGAAGGGAAACAUCCAGGGCGGCCGGAUCAUCGACUACCUCUUAGAAAAGAACCGAGUAGUCCGGCAGAACCCCGGGGAGAGAAGCUACCACAUCUUCUACGCCCUGUUAGCAGGAACCAACACCCAGCAGAAGGAGGCCUUUGCGUUGACGCAGCCGGACAGCUACCACUACCUGAGACAGUCCAGCUGCUCCGAUGACAAAACCAUCAACGACAACGCCACCUUCCAGGAAGUUCUGAAUGCAAUGCGGACGAUGCAGUUCACCGAGGAGAACAUCGGGGAGAUCCUGCGCCUCCUCUCAGGAAUCCUCCACGCGGGGAACAUCGAGUUCAUGACGGCCGGAGGAGCGCAGGUCUCCGCCAAAUCAGCUGCUCUCAGCCGGACCUCGGACCUGCUGGGUCUGAACCCGGACCGGCUGGCUGAAGUCCUGACGCACCGAUCCAUGAUCCUGCGAGGGGAGGAGAUCUCCACCCCCCUCACCGUGGAGCAGGCGGUGGACUCCAGGGACUCCAUGGCGAUGGCUCUUUACUCCCAGUGUUUCAACUGGAUCAUCCGCAAACUCAACACCCGCAUCCGAGGCAGAGAGGACUUCAAGUCCAUCAGCAUCCUCGACAUCUUCGGCUUCGAAAACUUCGAGGUGAACCGCUUCGAGCAGUUCAACAUCAACUAUGCAAACGAGAAGCUCCAGGAGUAUUUCAACAAGCACAUUUUCUCUCUGGAGCAACUCGAGUACAACAAGGAAGGUCUGGUUUGGGUGGACAUUAACUGGAUGGAUAACGGAGAGUGUCUGGAUCUGAUCGAGAAGAAACUGGGUCUCCUGGCGCUGAUGAACGAGGAGAGUCACUUCCCCAAAGCCACCGACAGCACUUUACUGGAGAAACUGCACAGUCAGCACUCGAAAAACUCCUUCUACGUGAAGCCUCGAGUGGCUGUGUACAACUUUGGAGUCAGGCACUACGCAGGGGAGGUGGUGUACGAUGUCCGGGGGAUGCUGGAGAAGAACAGAGACACUUUCAGAGACGACAUCCUCAACCUGCUGAGGGAGAGCAGGUUGGACUUUGUGUACGACCUGUUUGAACACGUGCUGAGCAGAAACAAGCAGGACACUCUGAAGAGCAGCUGCAAGCACCGCCGGCCCACCGUCAGCUCCCAGUUCAAGGACUCCCUGCACUCCCUGAUGGCCACACUCAGCACCUCCAACCCCUACUUCAUCAGAUGCAUCAAACCAAACAAACACAAGAUGCCUGACCAGUUCGACCAGACGUUGGUUCUGAACCAGCUCAGGUACUCCGGCAUGUUGGAGACGGUGAAGAUCCGACGUACCGGCUUCCCCAUCCGGAGACCGUUUGAGGACUUCUGCUCCAGGUAUAAGGUGUUGAUGCGGGGGAUGAAAGUGCAGGAAGACCCGCGGGGGAGCUGCGUUCAGCUGCUGCAGAUCUACGACAGCAGCUCUGCAGAGUGGCAGCUGGGGAAGACCAAGGUGUUCCUCAGGGAGUCUCUGGAGCACCGUCUGGAGAAGCAGAGGGAGCUGGAGGUGCUGAGAGCCGCCAUGAUCAUCCAGGCUCACGUCACAGGAUACAUCGCCAGGAAGCAGUACAGAAAGCUGCUGCAGUGCAUUGUGGUCAUUCAGAAGAACUACCGGGCGUUUUACUGGAGGAGGAAGUUCCUGCUGCUGCGCUGGGCGGCGCUCACCUUCCAGAAACGAGUCCGAGGCCAGCGAGCCCGCCGGGCCUUCAGCCAGCUGCUGGAGGAGAGGAGGAGGAGGGAGGAGGAGGAAGAGCUGUGCAGGAGGAGGGAGGAGGAGAUGGAGAGGGAGAGGCAGAGGCUGGAGGCUGAGAGACUCGCCGCAGAGGCUGAGGAGGCCCGACGGCUGCAGGAGCUUCAGCUGGAGGAGAAGUUGGCCUCUCUGGCUCUUCUUCAGUCUGCAGUAGCAGCUGAAACAGCACCCAGAACCGAGGGGGAGAUGGCGUCUGGAGAAACUGGAGAGAAUGCAUCCAAGCAGGACGAGGCGAUCCGUCCUCACGAGGCGAAUCAGGUGGAGGAGAUCCUGCGCCUGGAGCGGGAGAUCCAGUCCCUGCAGAGGCAGAAGGAGCGCCAGGAGCUCUCUCUGACCGAAGCCUCCCUGAACCGCCUGCAGCUCCUCCGGGAUCAGGAGCUCCGGCGGCUGGAGGACGAAGCCUGCAAGGCGGCGCAGCAGUUCCUCGACUCACUGAACUUCGACGAGAUCGACGAGUGCGUGAGGAACAUCGAGAGCUCCUUGGGAGUCGAGGAAGGGGAGGAGAAGGAGACCGGGCGGAGGAGAGGCUUAGAGGAAGAGGUGGACGAAGGGUUUGGGGCGGAUGAUGAGGCCUUCAAAGACUCGCCCAACCCGAGUGAGCACGGCCACUCGGACGGCCAGCGGACGAGCGGGAUUCGGACGAGCGAUGACUCGUCUGAAGAAGACCCGUACGCCAACGAUGGGGUAACUCCGCCCCUUCAACCAACCCCCCUGCUUCACCCACCGCUGCCUUUACCCCCAGUGCCCCCUGGCGCAUGCCACAGUGCCUCAUCCAGCGGGGACUCGGCCUACUGCCACCCGCAGGCUUCAUCCGAGGCGCCGUCCGACGACCUGGUGGAGCUCAUCCCGCCGAACGAGGACUCGGACUACGACCAGGACGACUACGAUGAGGGCGCCAUCGUCUCCAGUGGCAGCGUAGCCUUCUCAAACCCUCGCAGUGGACAGUGGUCUCCGGAUUACCGCGGAUCCGUCGGCACCUACAACAGCUCAGGGGCAUACCGCUUCAGCUCGGACGGGGCUCAGUCCUCGUUUGAGGACAGCGAGGACGACUUCGACAGGUUCGACACCGACGACGAGCUUUCCUAUCGACGGGACUCCGUCUACAGCUGUGUCACGCUGCCGUACUUCCACAGCUUCCUCUUCAUCAAAGGCGGCCUGAUCAACACGUGGAAGCGGCGCUGGUGCGUUCUCAAGGACGAGACCUUCCUGUGGUUCAGGGCGAAGCAGGAGGCUCUGAAGCAGGGCUGGCUGCACAAGAAGGGCGGGGGCUCGUCCACGCUGUCCCGAAGAAACUGGAAGCGCCGCUGGUUCGUGCUGCGACAGAGCAAACUCAUGUACUUCGAGAACGACGGCGAGGAGAAGAUGAAGGGGGUGCUGGACAUGCACGACGCCAAAGAGAUCAUCGACAACACCGGUAAAGAGAACGGGAUCAACAUCGUGAUGCCCGAGAGGACGUACCAGCUGAUCGCAGAAACUGCCGAGGACGCCAGCCAGUGGUUCAGUGUGCUGAGUCAGGUGCACGGCUCCACAGAGCAGGAGAUCAGAGAGAUGCACGACGAGCAGGCCAACCCCCAGAACGCUGUGGGCACGCUGGACGUCGGCAUGAUCGACUCGGUGUGUGCGUCAGAUAAUCCAGAGAGGCCGAACUCCUUCGUCAUGAUCACAGCGAACCGCGUGCUGCACUGUAACGCCGACACGCCGGAGGAGAUGCACCACUGGAUCACUCUGCUGCAGAGAUCCAAAGGAGACACUCGGGUGGACGGGCAGGAGUUCAUCAUCAGAGGCUGGCUGCACAAAGAGAUGAGGAACAGCACCAAAGCCUCGCUGAAGCUGAAGAAGCGCUGGUUCCUGCUGACCCACAAUUCCCUGGACUACUACAAGAGCUCGGAGCGGAACGCCCUGAAGCUGGGAACGCUGGUGCUGAACAGCCUGUGCUCCGUGGUGCAGCCCGACGAGAAGGUCUUCAAAGAGACCGGCUACUGGAGCGUGAUCGUGUACGGCCGUAAGCACUCGUACCGCCUGUACUCCAAGCUGCUGAACGAGGCCACGCGCUGGGCCAACUCCAUCCAGAACGUCAUCGACACCAAAGCCCCGAUCGACACGCCCACGCAGCAGCUCAUCCUGGACAUUAAGGAGAACUGUCUGAACUCGGAGGUGGUGGAGCAGAUCUACAAGAGGAACCCCAUCCUGCGCUACAGCCUCCACCCUCUGCACACCCCUCUGCUGCCGCUGCCCUACGGAGACAUACACCACUCCGCUCUGAGGAGCAGGAGCUACACCACCCUGCAGGAGGAGGCUCUGAAGGUGUUCAGCUCCCUGCAGCACCUGGAGGGGGUGUCGGACCCGGUGCCGCUGAUCCAGGGCCUGCUGCAGACGGGCCAGGAGCUGAAGCCUCUGCGGGACGAGCUGUACUGCCAGCUGAUGAAGCAGACCACCCGGUCCCCCCAGCCCGGCAGCCCCGGGAACCUCUGCAGCUGGAAGAUCCUGGCCUGCAUGUCCUGCACCUUCAUCCCCUCCAGGAGCAUCCUGCGCUACCUCAAGUUCCACCUCAAGAGGACUCGAGAGCUCCUCCCCGGAUCAGAGAUGGACCGUUACGCCGCCUUCGCCCUGGACUCCCUGAGGAAGACUCGGGGUCGGGAGAACGUGCCGUCGCAGGAGGAGAUCCGAGCCAUCGUGGCCCGGCAGGACAUGAGCACCACGGUCCACUGCCACGGGGGAGGAUCCUGCAAGAUCACCAUCAACUCCCACACCACAGCUGGAGAGGUGGUGGAGAAGCUGAUCCGAGGCCUGGCGAUGGAGGACAGCAGGAACAUGUUCGCUCUGUUCGAACACAACGACUCCACGGAGAAAGCCAUCGAGAGCCGCAUGGUGGUGGCCGACGUGCUCGCCAAGUUUGAAAAACUUUCAGCCAGUCCGGACGAGAACAACACCGGCUGGAAGUUUUACUUCAAACUGUACUGCUUCCUGGACUCGGAGAAUGUUCCCAAAGACAGCGUGGAGUUCGCCUUCAUGUUCGAACAGGCCCAUGAGGCGGUGAUCCGGGGUCGGUAUCCGGGGCCCGAGGAGACCCUUCAGUUCCUGGCGGCCCUCAGGUUGCAGUACCUGCAGGGGGAUCACGGCCCCCAGGUCAACAUCCCAGAGAUGUCCCUGGUGUUCCCCAUGGCUCGAUUGCGGGCCCGCGUGCAGAACUCGGCCAAGACGUUUGCUCCGGGCUCCGGCGGCGGGGGCGGCGGCUCUGUGUCCGAGCGCUCGGGAACGUCGGAGAGGAAGCGCUCGAGCUUCCUGGACGGAACGCUGAGGAGGAGCUUCCGGAGCGGAUCGCUGAGUCGGCAGAAGCUGGAGGAGGAGAACAGCCUGGAGGUGUGGAUGAGGGAGGAAGCGGCGGCCGUGAGGACCAGCGUGAUGGACAAAUGGAAGAAGCUGCAGGGCAUGAACCAGGAGCAGGCCAUGGUGAAGUACAUGGCUGUGGUGAAGGAGUGGCAGGGAUACGGAUCCACGCUGUUCAACGUGGAGUGUCGUGACGGGUCGUUCCCCGCGGAGCUGUGGCUGGGAGUGAGUCGGGAGGCUAUCUCGGUGUACAAGCGAGGAGAGCCGUGGCCUCUGGAGGUUUUCCCGUACGAACAGAUCCUCUCCUUCGGCGCUCCGCUGGCCAGCGCCUACAAGAUCACUGUGGAGGGCCGAGAGCUGGUGUUCGACACGCACAUGGUCAUGGACAUCGCCAAGCUGAUGAAGGCCUACAUCAGCAUGAUCGUGAAGAAGCGCUACAGCAACUGUCAGUCCGUCAGCAGCCACGGCAGCCAGUGCAGCGCCUGGUGAACUCUGCCGAGCGAGGACCACCAUCCUUUACAUCUCAGACUGACUCUGAACGCUGGAGACAAACCACGGUGCUCUUAAACAUGAUUGGCAAAAGCUAUGAUUAUGACUGGUUUCAUUCCAAAACAUGAAACAUCCACACUUCAGAGAGCAGAGCCUUUAAAAAGUUAGCAAUCAUUUCAAGCUGGUUUUCUUUGGUCGCUAACUUUUUUUCAAACGUCAUCACGCCCAACAUUAGCCUCCUUUAGCUUAGCGGUGGAGACAGGAAGUCAUGUGACCGUGCUGUAGUUCCUUUAUAGCCCAACAUUAGCCACCUUUAGCUUAGCGGUGGUGAGGUGAAGUCAUGUGACCGUGCUGUAGUUCCUUUAUAGCCCAACAUUAGCCACCUUUAGCUUAGCAGUGGAGACGUGAAGUCAUGUGACCGUGCUGUAGUUCCUUUAUAGCCCAACAUUAGCCGCCUUGAUUUACUCUAGAUGUGUGGUUGUGUCUUGUUUUGGAAAGAAGGACGUUCAUUUCUCGUGAUGCUAAUGUGCUGUGGCGCUGCAAGAACUGUUGUUGCAGGAUGGUGCUUUUUGUUACUCUGUGUGUGUGUGUGUGUGUGUGUGUGUGUGUGUGUGUGUGUGUGUGUGUGUGUGUGUGUGUGUGUGUGUGUGUGUGUGUGUGUGUGUGAGUGUGAGUUUUAAAGAGGUGCGUCUACAUGUCUGAAUGUAAUAUAAAGAAAGCAGGUAAGAUGGACAGAUCAUAGUUAAAGCCUAUAAGCCUUUUCCUCUGCUUUGAAAAACUCUGGGACCUGACCUUCUUCUAAAAGAGAACUGUAAAUAAUAUGCAGCUGUACCCGUCUGAAGCAUUUCUACUUUGUGAUUGAUUGUGUUGAUUUGUUGAUGAUUUGUGAAGGUCACACACAAGUGCCUGUUCAAACUGAAGCAGGACGAACUGAAAUCAGACUGAUGCCACUCCUGUGUAACCAGAAUCUGGAAGGUGCGCCCAUGUGCCCUUUCACUACAACUGUACUUUUGACCCUGCAGAAUAUGUCCGUCUGUGCAGGUCGUUCAACGUAAACUCUGAAUUAUUUUCACAUCUGUUGAUUUCUUCCAUGUAAGCCUUAUCGUGUUUCUGAUGAAUGACGACCUGAUAGGUGCGGAAAAAGGUUAGGGCCACAUGGAGGAACAGUCAAACAUAUCAGAAUACAUUUAACAUUUUGAGAAAAAGUCAGAAUUUCUAUUUUAAAAUCUGAGUUUUGAGAUUAAAAUGUUACCUUUUUUUUUCUAUGAAUUCAGAUUUUAAACUGAAUUCCGAAUCUUAAUAUAAAUUGUGAUUAUAAUCCAAUAAUCCUGAAUGUCCUUUGAUAUUUCAAAAUAUAAUCAAAGAAUUACGAAGGGAGAAAAUAAUUCAGUUCUCAAAAUAAAUGAGUCCUGAUUUAAAUCUCAGAAUGACAUUUUUUUAAAGAAUUCUGAAUUUAAAAAUAUUUUUCCGCGAAAUUUCUGAGAUUUUUCCGAGAAUUCUGAAUUCAAGUGAGGAGUUCCGAAGCUAAAAAGGAUUUAUGAUUUUAAGUUCUGAAUUUUUCUGAAUUUUGAGGGGAAAGAACGUAAACAAAGAGUUGUUCAUUUUGAUCUCUAAAGUCUGACUUUAUUUUCCCGAUUCUGAAUGUAUACCAUUUGGACUUUUACAUAAACUCGAAGCUCAAAAACAUUUUCCACAUGUUGCCCUUUUCCUCUUCCCUCAUCAGUUCCAAAAAUAUGUUGGGCUUUUUGUUUCUUUUCCGUGUAAAGUUCUGUUAUGUCUCUCCAGCAAAACAGCUCCAGGAGAAACACUGACCAUUGAUGGUCCUCUUUUCUGUCGAACAUGCCAGAGGCGAAAUCCACGACAUUUGACUAAAAGUCAGAAAUGGUCUUUUUCCUCGAGCGCUCCUGAUGUAGCCCAAUCGAUAAGGCCUUAAAACAGAACGCAAUGCUCCUUUAAUUUACCCAGGCUUUUAUUAUUGAACCAUUAUCAGUUCUGAUUUCUGAAGUAGCGAUGUGAUUGAUCAGAUUCUAGGUUUCAGACUUGCUCAGUGGGAUCGUUUGCAGCGUAACAUUCCUACAACAUUUCACUGGAGCUCCGCGGGCGGCAGAUCCAUCCAAAGAUGCGUGUGCAGGUUUCUUCCACGGUGCCUUGAUGUAUAUUCUGUACACUUGAUUUGUUUUCCAUGCUAUUUCUUUUGGUAUAUUGUGCAAUGGUAUAUAAAUAUUCUAUAAUCACGUGGCUGUACAUUUUAUACUACGAGUCUUUGCCUUGUUUCUCUCUCCUGAUGAUCGCCCCGUUGUUCUUAAGAUACAAAUGUUGUAUUUUUCUCUACGCUCCCAUGCAGCUGACCGUGGAUCUUUGACUCAUUACUGGUAUUUUGUUUUUGUAUCUGUAUGAGCUGUAUUGUGUAUUGAAAGGAUGAUUCUAACAAUAAAUGAUUACAUAUUU